AUGUCUCAACCACCCAACAGUUCUGAAAAAUCCGAGAUCGGAACUCAAACCAAUUCUCCCUACAAACAUUUCAAAAUUCUCUCGUAUAAUUUAUUUAUGAGACCUCUCGUAAAAACCAAUGCAAGUGAUUAUAAAGAUGCAAGGCUUGAAGAGCUCAUGAUCGAAUGGAAGAGUCGAAAAAUUGAUAUUUUAUGCUUGCAAGAAUUAUUCUCAACCGCGAGUAGUCGAUCUUCUCGAGUAUUAGAUGAAUUUUGUUGUAAAACAAACAGCAGAAUUGUCAUGUCAAAUGACGAUGAAUCAAGACAUGACUAUUUUCAUUAUGUUCAUUUACAACAAGAUUAUUGGAAAUUGAAGCCCAUUGAUUCUGGGUUAUUUAUUUUAAGUCGAGUUCCAAUAUUAGAGAGAGAUGCAUUCAUAUUUUCGCAAGGUUCCGAUAUUGAUGGUUGGACCACGAAAGGAGUCAUCUAUGCACUCGUUGAUUUGAGUGAACCAAUUUCUAAAAAGACAACAAAUCAUCAAGAGAAAAUCAAGACGAACAAAUGUCUCAUAUUUAAUACCCAUACUCAAGCAAAUUAUGAUUUAACAAAUGUCAACUAUUGGAAAAUUCAACAAUCUCAAAUUAUUGAGCUGGCACUAUUUGUGAGUGAGAAAAUGAAGCAACAUCCAGGAGUACCUGUUUUGCUCUGUGGAGAUUUUAAUGUGGAUGCAAGAAAUCGACAAGAAUGGUAUGAAUGGAUGGUAAAAACCAUGAAUGACAUUAUUUCGGAUGAGAAUGUACGAAUCGAAAUGGAAAAGGAUUAUCCAUUAAUACGAGCACAAACUGUGGGACUUGAUCAAACAAUUGAAAACAAUCAUCAUGAAUAUACAGUCAACAAUCAAGAACAUGCAAUCAUAGAUAACAAUGACUCAUCAUGUCAUACAUUGGUGCAUGACAUUAUUUUGGAACAUUACAAACAUCAUCCCAUAACAUUUGGAGACGUUAUUAUAGAUGAAGAAACGCACCAGGAAAAGCCACGAGAAAUUCAUCUGUCCCAUCCUCAUACACUUUGUUCCAAACAACGACUCGAUUAUAUUUUUCACAUCCACAAGAAAUUACCAAAGACAUGCACAACAAUCACACACCGCCUCGAAUGUAGCAAGUGCCACAUUGAACCAUUUUUCAGAAUACCCAAUCCUGUCAUGCCAUGCACACAGCUCAGUGACCACUAUUCUGUCUAUGCAGAAUUUAAUGUUUUCAGUGACGAUGAUUCAUGA